GUCUCGGUGCGCCUGAGGUCGCUGUUCUGAGCGUCACGGCUCCUUCCUUUUCUUUCGAUUUUACAGAGAAAAUGGAGAAACACUACACGGACUCUCAAGUCAAAGGAGUCAGCACAGGGACCACCAUCCUGGCUGCAAUAUUUGAUGGAGGGGUCGUGAUUGGAUCAGACUCCAGAGCUUCAAUGGGAGGGGAAUAUGUAUCUUCUAAAACCAUCAACAAGGUGGUUCAGGUUCAUGACCAGAUCUUCUGCUGCAUGGCUGGUUCACUUGCAGACGCUCAGGCCGUCACCAAAGCUGCCAAGUUCCACCUGUCCUUCCACAGUGUGCAGAUGGAGCACCCUCCUCUCGUUAUUGCAGCAGCAUCAGUUCUGAAAGAACUCUGUUAUAAAAACAAAGAGGAGCUGCAGGCUGGCUUCAUCACUGCUGGCUGGGACAAAAAGAAAGGACCACAGGUGUACGUUGUGUCUCUGGGUGGGAUGUUAAUUAGUCAGCCGGUUACCAUCGGCGGAUCAGGAAGCACCUACAUCUACGGCUACGUUGAUGCUAAAUACAAACCCAACAUGACCAGAGAGGAAUGUCUGCAGUUUGCCACCAAUGCUCUGGCUCUGGCUAUGGGCAGAGACAACGUCAGCGGGGGUGUUGCUCACCUGGUGGUGAUAACGGGAAAAGGGGUGGAGCAUGUGGUCGUACCUGGAGACAAGCUGCCACGAUUUCAUGAUGAAUGAUGGAUACUUUUUGUGUGUAUUGCUUUAACCCUUAUUAAAAAAUGGCAAAUUUCAAGUCCAUGUUUUCUUUUUUACUA